AUGAUUUAUGAAUUAAUUUCAAAUUUUAAGCAUCUUCAAUUUAAAUUUAAAUUAUCAGACAUUUUAUCAAUAUAUACAUCAUUCUUGGUCAAUAUUUUAUCUCUUGCAAUACUAUUUAUUUAUAAAAAUAAAAAUGAUUUAAAGAGUUACAGAAAUUUAGUUUUUUGUCAAUUUAUUUAUGGAUUAAUUUUUUCAUUUUAUAACAUUUUUGUUAAACUUUAUUGUUUAAGUUCAGAUGGAUAUUUUAUUUGUGGUUUUGAAACAUCAUUUAUAAAACCACCUAAUGAAUAUGGUACUGUAAUAUUUUAUUAUUUUUAUUUUUGUCUUCUUAAUCAUUGUAUGUUUUCUACCAUAUCAAUUACCAUAUAUCGAUACUUUAAAAUAUGUAAAAAUAUUUUAAAUGAAUAUUUUUAUUCAAAUAUUUUAAUAUACAUUCCACUUAUUAUAUCAUAUAUUAUUAAUAUUUCUAUAAUAAUUGCUUUUUUUCCAAAUUACAAUCAAAAACAAAAUAUAAAAUAUAUUCUUGAAAAGAAUCAUUUUUAUCAUUUAAAUAUGACAACAUUUUCAAAACUUGUUUAUUCAAAAACUGAUAAUAUCCCAUUCAUUGUUCAUAUGCUGUCAGUUGCAACAUUAAAUAUAAUUAUUUACCUUUUUGUUUUAUAUAUUCAUAAAAAAAUUCAAACAUGUCUUAAAGAAUCUAGGCGUUUUGUUGAAACAACUAGAAAAAUACAUAAAUCAUUUAGUAAAUUAUUAUUUUUACAAAUUUUUUGCCCCUGGAUUUUUUCUUUUCUUCCUGUUACUGUUUUUUGCCUAUUUUGUACAUUUGGUGGACAAACAUAUCUUUUUGCAUCAAUUUUGAUACGUGGUUUUAAUUGGCUUCCAGCAUUAAAUGGUUUUAUUUUUCUUAUUGCUCCUAAAAGAAAUAGAAAGUUUAUAAAAAUACAUAUAAAAUUAAUUUUUUUAUUUUUAUUUUCUUGUAAUUUUUUAAAAAAUAACACUCAAAUAUCAAAUAAUAUUAAAAAAUUAAAUGACAAUUCAAAUUCUAAAGAUGAAAAUAAAAAUUUCAUCUAA